CUUCACAUGCAGCUAUGCUACCCGCAUCCCACUGUGCGACACGCGCAGAUUAUAAUCCCGAAAACACAAAAGCUGCGCUGCGGAUCUGUCACACAAAGUCAGCGUGCAGAUGCCGCCUCGAAGCUUGCCUUCACAUCCCCAGGUGGAUAAGUUGUUGAACGCCAUCGAUUCCGCCACUACAUCCCGCCUGCGUACUGUGCUGAAGAGCCUGUGCGUCAAGAACCAAGCGAACCUUGCAUACGCCCGAGACGCGCUGUUGCUUCAACCUGGCGUGCUGAAACGAGCCUGGUCAGAACGGAACAAAGACGGCGAGAAUGACGACGAUGACGAACAUCAGUCAGAAGACGGUUCAGAAGACGAUUUAGGUGACAGUUCAGAGGAUAGUUUAGAGGACGCAGGAGCAGAGGACGAGUCUGAAUACUCCGACUCUGAACCCAACGCGCCAGCAAGCAGGCAGCGUUUCGAGAUCUGCGUGCAAUGCGACAAGGAAUACGACGUUCUUGAGAACCACAAGAGAAGCUGCGAAUGGCACGAUGGUUCUCAAGAAGUAGAUUGGGACGGCGACAUCUGGGCAGAUCACGACGAGAGGUGUCAUGGCACGAUUGAUACAGAAGAGAUGCGCAAAGUGUAUCCAGAGGGCUUUUUGUGGGAUUGCUGUGAUAUGCCUGGGGAUGCAGCUGGUUGCAAGUCGAGCAGGCAUCGACCGGAUCGCACGAAGAGAGUGAGGCAGCCACUAGGUCACGCGAAAAGAGAGACAGAGAGAAAGAGAGCGAAGAGAGCAGAGGAGAUAGAGAGCGCAAACUAGGGAGAAGAACAAACGUACAAGAAGAG